UAACCAACUUAAAAAAAAAGAAGAAAAGUAUAAAUUCUUUAUACCAUAUUAAGUCAGAUAAAUAAAGCAUCUUUGUCAUUCUUGUAAAUUAUUAUUAUUAUUUUACAGUGCGUUAUCUGUACUGUAGAUUGCAUUUUAGUAAUAUUCUUUUCGUCAAUGUAGUAUGAAACCUUUAGACAGGAGGAGGAGGCAAAAAUUAAGGCACAAGGACAAGUGGUGUCCUCAGAUGUGUACUUCAUGAAACAAACCAUCGGCAAUGCUUGUGGUACAAUAGGGCUGAUUCAUGCUGUGGCGAACAAUCAAAGGCAUCUGGAGUUUGAGCCCAAUUCACCACUUCAGGCAUUUUUACUGCAGUCUGCAAAGAUGAGCCCCGAAGACAAGGCAGCUUUCCUUGAAAAAGAUGAGAGUAUCCGAGUAACACAUGAGUCAAGUGCUCAGGAAGGACAAACAGAGGCUCCAAGUUUAGAUGAAAAAGUGGAUUUGCAUUUUAUUGCCUUUGUAAAUGUUGAAGGACAUUUAUAUGAACUGGAUGGACGCAAACCUUUUCCAGUUGUUCAUGGGGAAACCACAGAGGACACAUUUCUUGAGGAUUCUGCAGAGGUCUGCAAGAAGUUCAUGGCACGUGAUCCCCAGGAGCUCCGUUUCACUGUGGUGGCUCUUUCCAAAGCAUAAAUGUUCUUAUUUUACCCAAGAGAAAAAACUGCCAAUCAUUCAGAAGUGCUGAAUACUUUAAACCUUUAUAGGUUCAAUUUUGACUUUGAAUAAGAAAAGUUUGUUAAAGGUUUUGACCAUAACCGACAAAGCAAAUGAAGAUCAAAUUAGCUAAUAAUAAAACAUGUACAUGCACAAAAUGUUGUAUCUGAAUGUUUACAACUCUCUGAUUGAAAUAAUGUUUAAUUUCUCCAAAAUUAUAGAAGUUCAUGGCACGUGAUCCCCAGGAGCCCUGUUUUCUUGAUGUUAAUAUUAAUUCAUCUAAUGGUGGUGGUGUUUUUUUUCUGCCAGAAAAGAUCCAUUUAAAACAAAAGUUCUGUUGAAUAUGUAGACUUAUAUUUUGACACAAAAAUGCUCUUUUAACAGAA